AAAAUAGAAGGUGAUGGUAUAACACUUUCUGAAAUAUCAGGGGUAAAUAUGUAAUUAAUCCAUUAAUCUUCUGCUUUCCGGCUUCCCUUCAGACCUCAUUUUCAAACGACACUGUCGAUCGUCGUACAGUCUGCAGCGCGGCUUGUCCUCGAUCGCAUCGUCGUCGUAUCCCGAAUCUAUAUGAAAGUAUUCACUGUUAUGAAAGAAGAAGAGAGUUAGAGAAAUGGAAGAAGCUAAGGCUAUGGCCCAGCACCAGCAGCAACUUCUUUUACAACACCAGCAACAACAAGCUCAACAGCAGCAGCAGCAGCAGCAACAAAAUCAACAACAACAACAAUUUCUUCUAUUACAGCAACUUCAGCAGCAAGCGCAACAGCAGGCAGCUAUCUCUCGCUUCCCUUCUAACAUCGAUGCCCACCUUCGCCCACCUGGCGUCCAACGUCCCAUCACUCUCCAACAACAGAACCCUAACCCUAAUUCUAAUCCAAAUCUUAUUGCCAAUGCUAAUGCUAAUUUGCAGCAACAGACUCAGCAAAAUUCACAAGUCCCACAACAACAGCAGCAGCAGCAGCAACAACAACAGAAAGGGAUGAGGCCGCUGAACCAAAUGGAGCUCCAGAUGGCAUACCAGGAUGCCUGGCGGGUCUGCCACCCGGAUUUCAAACUCCCUUUUGCAUCGCUUGAAGAUGCUUGUGAGAGGCUACUACCUUAUCAUGUGAUAGCAGACUAUGAAGUAGAGGAAGAUGAUCGAAUCCUUGAUUCUGACUCAACAGGCCAAAUGCCUUCUCGCUCCCAGCAAUGGGAUAACAACAUUGCUGCCAAAGUUGCAGAGUUCGCAGGAACAUUUGAGAAACAGGCCCUUGCUUUUAACAUUAUAACACGCAAGCGAGCUAUAGGUGAAUUCCGAUGUGAGGAGAGGUUGAUGAUUGAGCAAGCUCUUCUCCAAGAGGAGAAAAGAGCCAUACUGGAGCUGAAGGCAGAAAUAGAGACAAGGGAGAAGGCUGGUAGAGAGGCUCAUGAGGCUAGGUUGCGAAUGGCUGCCAUGGUUCAAGCAGAGCAAGCUCAAUCUGAGUCUCAUGCUCGUGAUGAAAUGAUGACUCGAGCACCAAUAAGGGCAAGUGCACUUGGCUCCCAAGGCAAUGGUAUUGGUGUUGACAUGGGAGAGCAUGAACGAGGUGUUAACCCAGAUGAAAUGAUCAAUGGAUGGGGAAACAAUACACAGAGAGAUGAGAAAGAGCCAUCUGAAGAUUUUUUAAAUGAUGAGGAAACUGAAAAUGGGGAGACAGGCAUGCAGGAUGAGUGGCGUGAGGUGGGAAAUUUUGAUUUGAACUCUAGGUGAACCCUCGAAAUUUCUUUACAACAAUCUCCACUACAUGGGAAAUCAAUCUAAAUAAGGUGAGCUUCAAGUUAAAUUUGGUAGAUGAAUUUAAUAAUUUCCCUUCUGUGAACACAUAUAUCCAUGUAAAGUGGGUAUAUAUAGUAGGUUGAAUAUUAUUAUCUAUAAAAAUUGUUUGUUUUGCCUCA